CACCGCGCAGGCGCAGCUGCUUGGAUUCGCUCGCCCCUGCGCUCUGGCCCAGCUCUCGCGGACAAGUCGCGGCAUCACGCCCUCCUCCCCCUCCGCCCCCCGCGGGACGACCCCCUCCCCCUUGUCUGCGAGGUCGAAGAUAAACAAUAGUUGGCCGGCGAGCACCGAGUGUGCCUCCCGCCGCGGGGUUCGGCGGGUUGCGUGGAACCGGCGGGAUCCCGGCCAGCCGGCCAUGGCGGGGCUGUACUCGCUGGGAGUGAGCGUCUUCUCGGACCAGGGCGGGAGGAAGUACAUGGAGGACGUUACUCAGAUCGUGGUGGAGCCCGAGCCGACAGCUGAAGAAAAGCCCGCGCCGCAGCGGUCGCUGUCGCAGCUGUCGCCGCCGCGGCCGACAUUUCCUGGCAGCGGACUUUCGGGAAAAGGCCCGGCGGCGGCGGCGGCGGCGGCCCGGGAAGCUCGCGACCCUCCCCCGGACUCCGGGGCCUCGCCGCCUCCCGGCCGCUGCUGCCGUCGCCGGUCCUCUGUGGCCUUUUUCGCCGUGUGCGACGGGCACGGGGGACGGGAGGCGGCGCAGUUUGCCCGGGAGCACUUAUGGGGUUUCAUCAAGAAGCAGAAGGGCUUCACCUCCUCUGAGCCGGCGAAGGUUUGCGCUGCCAUCCGCAAAGGCUUCCUCGCUUGUCACCUGGCCAUGUGGAAGAAACUGGCAGAAUGGCCCAAAACUUUGACGGGUCUUCCCAGCACAUCAGGGACAACUGCCAGUGUGGUCAUCAUACGAGGCAUGAAGAUGUAUGUAGCUCACGUGGGUGACUCUGGGGUGGUUCUUGGAAUUCAGGAUGACCCGAAGGAUGAUUUUGUCCGAGCAGUGGAAGUGACACAGGACCAUAAGCCAGAACUUCCCAAGGAAAGAGAACGAAUCGAAGGACUUGGUGGGAGCGUGAUGAACAAGUCUGGGGUGAAUCGUGUAGUUUGGAAACGACCUCGGCUCACUCACAACGGACCUGUUAGAAGAAGCACAGUUAUUGACCAGAUUCCUUUUCUGGCUGUAGCAAGAGCACUUGGUGAUUUGUGGAGCUACGAUUUCUUCAGUGGUGAGUUUGUAGUGUCACCUGAACCAGACACAAGUGUCCACACUCUUGACCCCCAGAAGCACAAGUAUAUUAUCUUAGGGAGUGAUGGCCUUUGGAAUAUGAUUCCACCUCAAGAUGCCAUCUCUAUGUGCCAGGAUCAAGAGGAGAAAAAAUACUUGAUGGGUGAGCAUGAGCAAUCUUGUGCCAAAAUGCUUGUGAAUCGGGCACUCGGCCGCUGGCGGCAGCGUAUGCUUCGUGCAGACAACACUAGUGCCAUAGUUAUCUGCAUCUCUCCAGGAGUGGACAAUCAGGGAAAUUUCACCAAUGAAGAUGAGCUCUAUCUGAACCUGACUGAUAGCCCUUCCUAUAAUAGUCAAGAAACCUGUGUGAUGACUCCUUCCCCAUGUUCUACAUCACCAGUCAAGUCACCGGAGGAGGAUCCAUGGGCAAGACUGAACUCUAAGGAUCAUAUACCUGCCCUUGUUCGUAGCAAUGCCUUCUCAGAGAAUCAUUUAGAAGUCCCAUCUGAGAUAGCUCGAGGAAAUGUCCAGGCUGCAGCCAUACCUUUAAAAGAUCCAGAGCCACUUGAAGAAAAUUGCACUAAAACCCUGACUUUAAGGAUACAUGAUUCUUUGAAUAAUAGCCUAUCAGUUGGCCUAGUGCCUACCAAUUCAGCAAACACCAUCACGGACCAAAAAAAUGGAAAAGUGUCAACUCCAGGUCAAAUGAAAGCUCAAGAAGUUGAAAGAACCCCUCCAGCAAACUUUAAACGGACAUUAGAAGAAUCCAACUCUGGCCCUCUUAUGAAGAAGCACAGACGAAACGGCCUAAGCCGAAGUAGUAGCACUCCGCCUACAAAUCUUCCCACAACCUCACAGAGAAAGAAUUCUGUGAAACUCACCAUGCGACGCAAACUUAGGGGCCAGAAGAAAAUUGGAAAUCCUUUACUUCAUCAGCACAGAAAAACUGUUUGUGUUUGCUGAAAAGUAUAUGGAAAACUAAUUUUUUUCUAAAUUUAGGAUUGAUUGAAAGAGAGAUUUUUGAUGUUGGUGCCGAAGUUGAACUUUUUUUAAGGGGACAAAAAAAUGGUAUACAGUUUGACUUUUUGGAAUUCAGCAAUUUUUUUCUGGCUUUGUUCUUGCUUGUAUUAUAAAUGUGAGUUUUGUAGAUGUUAGGGUACAAGUUUCUGUAAAAUGUGUGUAAAUUUGUAUCCACACAAACUCAUUCUCUUACUCUGAUACAUAGUAAAUGUAACAACAGGGCUAAAAUUUUUUUAAUAAAAAAAAAUCUAUUAGACUUUAGAAAUACAUUUAAACUUUUUAAAAUGCUUAUUAAGAAAUUUGUAAGUCACUUGUGAUGAAAACUACACAGCUUUUUAAAGUAAAUUAUUAAGUAAACUGGAAAAGUGAUGUAUUUUCAUAGUGACCUGUGUUCCACUUAAUGUUUCUUAGAGACAACUAUUGUCUUUUAAAAUUUAUUUUUUCUGUCUAAUUUCAUAAUUCAGAACUGAAGUUUUCAUAGAAACAAAAGUGUUGAACCAUGCUAAAGUAGCUGGAUGUGAGUCUCCUUGGUCUAAUUAACAUACUAUGCAGUAUCUUAUUUCAGUAGUAGUUUUCUAAAACAUUAACUGUCAGAUGCAGUCACCAAACCUUUGGCGUAGAAAUAGGUACAUUUGAAGGAAACUUUUCUCAGUUAUCCCAGAUAUCCAGUGGCAUUAUUAAUUAUUGCAGUAGUACCCUCUUGUAGUGUUUAAAAAUGCAAAGCUUUUUUCCUUGCUAUUCAAUACAAAUGGUGCUGCUAAUUCUCAACAUUUCUUAAAUUAUUUUAUAUAUCCUACAGUUAGUUUUCAUCGGUUUUAUGAAUAUAUGUUUGUUCAUCUAAUAAAUCAGUGCACUGUUACUGAUGCUGCUAGA